AUGAAGUUCCUAACUUCUUCAACACUUCCUCCAAGAUUACUGUUUUCUCUCAUCCUUCGCAAAUCUAAUUCAUCAUCUUCUUCUUCCACUUCCCUUUAUAAAAUUUCCGAACUAUUCCCCUCAGACACCCAAAACUCUGUCAAGAUCACCCAAAACUCUGUCAAGAUCCAAACUUUCAAAAAACCCAUAUCGGAAAACAGAGUUUUAACACAGGCCAUUGUCAUAAGAACCCUUUUAGACCGGAAUGAUGACCCAGUUUCUGCCCUCGAGUACUACAAGUGGGCCGAGAAAAAUCGCGGUUUUGCAUCCGGGUCCGCUGACCCUUUGGGAGUCUUGCUGCACAUUUUGGUAAAGUCUCCUGAACAUCUCCUCGAGGCUAAGAAUUUGCUUAAUCACUACGUUUGCAGCGAUUCAGUACUCUCUGCUGCUGUUAUUGUUCGUCGCAUUGUUAAUUGCUCAAAAAGAUUUGGUUUUGAGUUAAAUCCACGGGUAUUUAAUUACUUAUUGAAUGUUUAUAUUAACGGGCAUAGGCAUAGGGAUGCUAUAGGUUGUUUCAGAACAAUGGUUAUUUGUGGUAUAAUGCCGUGGAUCCCAUAUACGAAAAAUUUGUUGAGUGCAUUGGUUGAGCAAAAUAUGAUUGGCCAGGCGCAUGAUUUGUUUAGAUGUGUGGUUUUAAGACCAGAGAGUUAUGAUUGUGCAACUGUCCAUUUGAUGAUGCAUGCGUGUUUGAAACUAGGUCAGGUAGAGGAGGCUCAGAAGUAUUUCAUGGAGGCGAGGGGUAGUGAAAUUAAGCUUGACGCAUCUAUCUACAGAACAGCUGUUGAGGCUGCUUGUAGGAAACUGGACGAUAACCUAGCUUGUUUCUUGUUAAAGGAGAUGAAGGAAAAAGGGUUGGUUGUGUCAGGGAAUUCAUUUACUCGUGUGAUCUGUACUUGUGUGAAGCAAAGGAAUAUAGUCGAUGCCAUAAAGCUUAAGGAUGAGAUGAUUAGAAGUGGGCAUCCGAUGAAUUUGAGGGUUGCUAAUAAUUUGAUGAAAGGGUGCUAUAUGCAUGGUGAUUUGAACUGCGCCUUAGAAUUGUUCAAUAUGAUUAAAGAUGAACUUACUCCAAACGAGGUCACUUAUUCGGUCAUCUUAGAAGGUUGCUGUAGAAGUGGAGAUAUGGAGAGGGUGCAGGAGAUACAUAAGGAAAUGAAACAGGCAGGUAUUCCAACAUCCGUCUGUGUUGUAAAUUCUUUAAUUAAAGGGUUCUUGGAAGCUCGAUUGAUGGAGGAUGCAACCAAAUUUUUUGAUGUGGCUGUUGAGGCUGGCAUUGCAAAUGUAUAUACUUAUGCUAAUUUCAUAUCCUGGUUCUGUAAAGAGGGUAUGAUGGACAAAGCAUACACAGUCUGGGACAAGAUGAUUGAUAAAGGAGUUGAGCCAACUGCUAAUGUUUAUAACAAUAUGAUUCUGGGAAACUGUAGAAAAGGGAAUAUGGAGGCAGCAAUAGAUUUUGUUUCUGAAAUGUUACAAAAGAACUUCAAAGUGAAUGUUGUCACAUAUAGUAUUUUGAUUCAGGGAUAUUUCAACGGAAGUGAGAGUGAAAAAGCACUUGGAAUGUUUGACCAUAUGAUGAGCUUAGGUAUAUCCCCUACUGAUUUCACAUUCAACAUUCUCAUCCGUGGCUUGUGCAAAUUUGGUCGAACAGCUGAGGCAAAUGUACGGAUGAAAAAGUUGGUGGAGAUGGGUUUUAGCCCCGUUUGCUUAUGA